AUGACCUCCCCGCUAGAUGCCGUUCGGUUUCUUAUUUUCAAGAUUCCUCUUGUCGUCAAGACUGCCUUCCUCCAUGUUCUGGGGUUGAGCCCGACAUCGCCAAAAUGGGAUCUCCGCACGGCACUGACUGUCUCAAUCAUUCGCGAUGUAUUAUGCAACUCGCCUCCGUCCACCAUCACCGAACAGCAACAGAGCACGCUCCAAGAUCCGGGUGUUAAAGGUGGCAUGUGGGUCAGUAGAGUUGCCAUGCCCGCUCCGCCCGACAAUGCACUUCGAGAGGCACUGUUCCAGGCCAUUCGGGCUCUUGGUACUGGCGCUGAUGAGUAUUUUAAACCGUCUCUCGAGCCCGUCACGGCGGAAUGGACUGGAUACCGCGCAAAUGUAGCGGCCAAUGCACCGGAGCCGCCUAUCUCGGAGGCGGAAAAGUACAAGUGCCUGAUGGAGGAGACUUCCAAUGACGCCACUCUCUUAUAUUUUCACGGCGGAUCGUACUAUCUCAUGGACCCGUGUUCCCACAGGGAGGUUGUGGCCAAUUAUGCCAAGCUGACAGGAGCUCGAGUUCUCUCGGUCCGCUACCGGCUUGCUCCCCAGAACCCUUUCCCAUCUGCAUUGCUAGAUGCCCUCGUUGCCUAUCUGUCGCUGCUGUAUCCCCCGGAGGGCACACUCCACGACUCGGUGCCGGCGUCACGUAUUGUUCUUGGGGGGGAUUCUGCUGGGGGAAACCUAACGACGGUUCUCCUGCAGACAAUCCUCCAGCUCCACCGUGUUACACCCUCUGGUGAUGUCCCCACAGUCAUGUUCCAUGGAAAACCUGUUGAGGUGCCUCUGCCGGCCGGAAUUGUUCUCUGCUCCCCCUCCGUCGACCUCACACGCAGCUUGCAGUCGUCCGAGAAACACGCUCAGUACGACUAUCUUCCCUCGCCAUCGUUUUCUCCCACAAGCUCUCCUCCUUGCGACAUCUGGCCGGUCGACCCUCCGCGAGCGGACCUGUUCUGCGAAGGAAGUGCCCUGUGCCACCCUCUUGUCUCGCCACUUGCAGCGCCCUCGUGGGAAGGAUCACCGCCCAUCUUAAUUAUUUGUGGAGAGGAACUGCUAGCGGACGAGUGCAAAUCCUUUGCACAAAAGGCUGCGAGACAAGGGGUUCCGGUUGUCUGGGAGCAGUAUGAGGCCAUGCCUCACUGCUUCUCGCAUGUGCUCCAAGGGACUGUGGCUUCGUCUCGAAGUCUUGUGACCUGGUCGGAGUUCUUCACUAAAGUUAUCCAGAACUCGGGUGAGAUUUCUACAAAGGGAGAAUUUCUUACUGCUAAACGUCUGGAAAUCCAUCCCGUGGAUGUUUGCAAUCUCGCCGUCUUGACGGAAGACGAGGUCUUGGAGGAAAUGGAGAACGCGCGGGACGAAAUUGUGCGCAAAGCUCAUAUUGCAGGAUAG